CGCAGCAGACAUGGCCCACCCUCUCCAGCACAGUCACCUGCCCAGCCCAAAGCCCAUGACGCCUCUCCUCAGCGGUCGCUCGACCCCGGCACUGGACUCAGUCCCCUUCUCCCGCCCCCACACCCCGCACAAGGAGCUGGUCCUCGGCUUCGCAGGUCUCGGUGCGAUGGGCAAUCCCAUGGUCCGCAAUCUCGCCACCCGCCUUCAGUCCCCCACCAUCGCCCACCCAAUACGCGUCUGGAACCGUACCCGUGCAAAGUGCGAGAGCUUGCAGAACGAGGUCGGCAAGACACACAUCGAAAUCGUAGACAACCCAGAGGACCUUGCGCUCAACUGCGAUGUCAUCAUCACCAACCUCGCCAACGAUGACAUCGUCAAGGCCAUCUAUGAAAAGUUUGCGACCGCGCUCAAGGAGUCCCAUUCGACGAAAAACAAGAUCUUCGUAGAAUGUAGCACCGUCUAUCCGACACUGGCAGGUGAACUCGACACCCUCAUCAGCAACAUCCCUCACUGUCACCUCGUCAUGGCACCCGUCUUUGGCGCACCGCAUGUCGCUCAAGCAGCUCAGCUCAUCGUCGUCAUGGCCGGCGAUUAUCGCUCCAAGAAGGAAGUCGCACAUCUCUUGGUCCCCGCCUUGGGCCGCAAGGUCAUCGACCUCGGAGGUAACCUCGAGAAAGCGCCCACCUUCAAGCUUAUCGGCAAUUCGAUGAUCUUGGGCAGCCUCGAGGUUCUCGCUGAAGCCCUGACUCUGUCCGAAAAGUCCGGCAUCAAGCCCACUCAGGUGCAUGGCCUCGUUAAAGACCUUUUACCAGCACCGCUAUUAGACGCGUAUUGUAACAAGAUGGUAAAUGAUCUGUUCGACGGAACCAAGGGCUUUGCUAUCGAUGGUGGCAUCAAAGACUCGACGCACAUCAGGAAGCUUGCGGCAGAGGUCAACUCACCGAUGCCAGCACUUGACAGUGCACACCAGCACCUCCUCACCGCUCGUGCGCUCCACGAUUCAAAGAAGCUCCGCGGCGACAGUGUGUUUGAGACCCUGGACUGGAGCUCCCUCGUUGCUGGUACCCGUGUGGCAUCUGCACUUGAUGGAUUUGACAGCAAGAAGCACGCUAACGUUGGACCUGUCCCUGAAUGAGCCAGAGAGUCGAAGAGCAAAUUGAACGAUGUACACAUACAGCGAUUCCGACUGGGUCAUAGGCGCCAUGUAUAACCUAAAUGCAUGUGUUUGCCGGAGAGCUUGACUUUAUUCCUAGAAUUAUAUUUGAGCUUUUCGCGGC